UGCUAGCAACCAAUCCCAAAAUAUACAGGAUCAUCGAGCAUGCCCCAUACAUGAAAAAAACAUCUCAACACCAACCUCUCCUCCCGAGUCCCGGCCCCGUCGCCGCCGCCGCUCCCUCCCGAUCCCGCCGUCGCACCUGCCGCCGGCGUCGACCCCGCUACUAGUACUCCCGAAAGCUACAUGAACUAGCCUUCUCUUUUCGCCUCGUCCUUCUGGUCUUCUCUUCGUCCUCCUCCCCGAGCAGCCAGUUCCUUCUCCCAUCUCCUACCGAGAAGCCCUAAUCCUACAGCUAAGGGGCGAGGAGGCCAUGAGGGGGAAGAAACCGGUAAAGGAGCUCAAGCUCUCCGUGCCGGCGCAGGAGACUCCCGUCGACAAGUUCCUGACGGCGAGUGGUACGUUCAAGGAUGGUGAACUACGGCUUAAUCAAAGAGGCUUGCGGCUUAUCUCCGAGGAAAAUGGAAAUGGAAAUGGAAAUGAAAAUCAAUCAAUAAACCUGAAGGUGGAAGAUGUGCAGUUAUCAAUGGAUGAUCUUGAGAUGAUUCAAGUCAUUGGUAAAGGAAGUGGUGGUGUGGUCCAGCUAGUGCAGCACAAGUGGGUGGGGACAUUGUAUGCCUUGAAGGGUAUUCAAAUGAACAUUCAGGAGGCAGUGCGCAAACAAAUAGUACAAGAGCUCAAAAUAAAUCAAGCAACACAGAGCCCACGUAUAGUUAUGUGCCAUCAAUCUUUUUACCACAAUGGUGUCAUAUAUCUUGUUCUUGAGUACAUGGAUCGUGGAUCUCUUACGGACAUCAUUAAGCAAGUGAAGACAAUUCUGGAGCCAUACCUUGCGGUACUUUGCAAGCAGGUCUUGGAGGGUUUAUUAUACCUUCAUCAUGAAAGGCAUGUGAUUCACAGGGAUAUAAAGCCAUCUAACUUGUUAGUUAACCGUAAAGGUGAAGUAAAGAUUACUGAUUUUGGGGUCAGUGCAGUGCUAGCAAGUUCGAUGGGUCAGCGAGAUACGUUUGUUGGAACCUACAACUAUAUGGCGCCUGAGAGGAUUAGUGGAAGCUCUUAUGACUACAAGAGUGACAUAUGGAGUUUAGGCUUAGUAAUACUUGAGUGUGCCAUCGGCAGGUUCCCCUAUAUACCUUCAGAAGGAGAAGGUUGGUUAAACUUCUAUGAACUACUGGAAGCAAUUGUUGAUCAGCCACCACCUUCUGCACCUGCAGACCAGUUCUCUCCAGAAUUCUGCUCAUUCAUCUCCUCUUGCAUACAAAAGGAUCCAGCAGAGAGGCUGUCUGCGUCAGAACUCUUGAAUCACCCUUUUAUCAAGAAAUUUGAGGAUAAAGAUUUAGACCUGCGAAUUCUUGUCGAGAGUCUGGAACCUCCAAUGAAUAUACCCGAGUAGCCUGUCGCUAGGAGGGAUGAGGGAGGCUUUUGUUAGAUAUCAGUACAGGGUUCUCCCGAACUGCAAAACGACCUCCCUACAUGUGAAGCUGUGUGUAUGUUAUUGAACAUGCCAGAAAACACCCCCAUCGUCAUUGUAAGACCAAAGGCCCAUUCGUUAUGUUUCUUAAUAAAAUCCUUCUUGUGGCUA